AUGGCUUUCCGAUUUAAUUGGCCUGAAUUCGAUAUUGAAUUCUAUGAUGAAGCAAAGGCUCAAUUAGAAACUGCUCUGAAUAAAGGCAACAAACCAAAAAAUAUAGUAGAUCAUAUAACUGUCAAAGAAUUACAUAUGGGUACUCAACCUCCCGAACUGGAAAUAUUAGAAAUUGGUGAACUUACAACUGACAAGUUUCGUGGAAUAUUUAAACUUACUUAUGCUGGUGAUGCUUACAUUGUCCUUCAAACCAAAGUUCAGGCAAAUCCAAUGCAUGCGAAACAAUCAGCUCUUCCUCGACAUACACGACCUAAUAUUCUAGCAGCCGACCAUCCAUUAGUUGUUCCAAUGUUACUUCGUAUCAGCGACUUGAAACUACGAGGUAUUGUAGUACUUGUAGUAUCUAAAACAAAAGGGAUCACCUUGGUAUUCAAAAACGACCCAUUGGAAAACAUCUUGAUUAGCUCCACUUUUGAUAGUGUCACCAGUGUACGCAACUUUUUACAACGGGAAAUUGAAAAACAACUACGCAAUCUAUUUCAAGAAGAUUUACCUGUCAUGAUUCACAAUCUCAGUUUACGACAUAUUCAAAGUGAACAAGAAAAGGCAAAGAAACAACAGCAAGAAGCUAGACUCAAAGCACAACAGUUACGGAAACUCGAACGGAAGAAACGAAACGGUAAUAUAGUAUCUCCACCCAUGUCUGUAGUAUCGGAUCCUGGUUUACAGCGUCAACAACGCCAAAGACCAAUGUCAUCUUCACCCUCAAGAGUAGGUUCAUCUAUCUUUCCUCAACAUCCUUCAUUAUUGGCCAAUUUUGAAAGUGCAUCCAUGCCAGAUUUCUCACCUAGUGUGUCAUCAGCAUCCCAUCUUUAUCAACAACGACAACAAGAAGAAGAACGGAAUAUCACUCCUUCAGUCCAUCUCUCUGAUAUCUCAUUUCCUUUUAUCGAAGAUCCAUCCUCUUUUUUGGACAACGCAAGAUUUGCUACUUUUUAUCGACCUGGCUCUGGAGUCUAUAGUUCGUUUAGCGAUCUUUAUCAUAACAAUAUGGACCAACAAUCUCUUUCUUCGUGUAUGAAAUCAACUUUACCGAGUGGUUCAAGUUAUUAUCCAUCCUCAAAAACGCCGGUUACAGCCGCCAACUUGUCUACUUUAGAUCUUCUUUAUCAUCAUCGACAAUCACAUCCACCCGAUGCUUCAGUAGCGCCAAAAACCAUUCCUGAUGUUUUUAGUGAUGACGAUGGAGAAAAUGGAUUUUAUUAUGAUGACGAUGAAGAUGACAAACAUCAACACUUAUUCUCUCCAACUACAUCAUCUUCAGCCGUUGCAACGUCACCUUCUAUUUAUGAUAUGUAUGCUGAUGAUGUAGAUGCUCCUUGGUAUGUGAAGGAAGGAUUAGGAUUACCGUCAGCUGAAGAAAGUUCAACACAACAACAACAAUUGAUUCUCCCUAGUGAUCAACCCAUUCUUCUUGAUCCGUUUGAAAAUGCUGGUGCUGCUAAACUGGCUCAAUUAUCGAAAAUUCACCAUACUAUUUCGCCUUUCACUCAUACCAUUGAUCAUGUGACAUAUCGAAGUCUUCCACACGCUGUCAAACCCACCAUUCGACCUAAGCAUAAGAAGAUUCCCAAGCGGCGGAUUAUUCGUUUGAAUUUGUCUGGUGUUUCCUCAGAUUAG